GCGAUAAGUGAGCCCCAUGCACUCGCUCGCAACCGAGCCAACUCGUGCGUGCUGAGCUAAAAGUACUUGGCAUCGCUGCAGCUCGCUACGCCGACGCGACUUGACGAAGAGUGCAACAGCGCGCAGCACUGCAAGGCAGCGACAGCACAAUGGCCAAGAAGAGACCGCAGCAACGCCAGCCGAAGCAACCGAGCAAACGGGCGCAGCGCGAGGCCGCCGCAGCUAAAGCGACGUUCGAAGACGACGAAUCCAUCUCGAGCGCUUCCGAGGACGACGAGCUCCAGCAGCCGCCCGUGACGGACGAGAGGGAAGAGACGGUCGAGGAGGCGCGGCUGCGGCGCGCGCGGGCCUACGUGGCCGAGCAGCGCGCGGCGGCGUCGGAUUCGGAUGAGGAUGAUUUAAAUGAGAGGCUGCGCGAGCAGCGGGAGGCGCGGUCGCAACGGGCCUUCACGCGGAUCGACCUCGACGACUUUGACGGCGAGGCCUGCGCGCGGCGCGCUGUAGUGCUGAAGGGGCACCGGGGCCCCGUGACGUCGGUCUGCCUCUGCGAGGCGCGGAACUGGUGCUUCUCGGGGAGCAAGGACAAUGGCCUGCUGCAGCACGACACCGAGACGGGCCAAAAAGUAAGGACGCUCCUGCCGCGCUGGCCGAAGCCGGCCAACGCGGCCGUCGAGGAGGCGCGGUCGAGGAGACGCGGCGAACGAUCUUCGGGAGGUGAUGAUAUCGCGGCGCGCCAGGCAAGAGAAGCGGAGGUCCUAUGUGUGGCGGCGUCGUCGGAUGGACGGUUGUUGGCGUCGGGGGGCAGCGACCGCCUCAUCCACGUCUGGGACACGAGGCAGGGCACCUUGGUCCACUCGCUGCAGGGCCACGGCGGCGACGUGCUGGCGCUGGCGUUUCGCGACGCGCUCGGGUUCCAAGAGGAGGACGACGACGACGAAGAGGAUAACGAUAGGGAGCAGCAGCUCUUCUCGGCCUCCUCCGACCGGAACGUGAAGCACUGGCAGGCGGAAGCUGGCUCCUAUGUCGAGACGUUGUUCGGCCACAGCGCCGCCGUGUCUUCGUUAGAUUGCGGUUUCGACGAACGACCGUUAUCGGGCGGCCGCGACCGGUGCGCGCGCGUCUGGAAGAUCCGGGACGAGACGCACUUGGUCUUUCGGGCGCCGCACGAUUCUGGAUUGGGCGGCUCCGUCGACGCCGUCCGCGUUAUUGAUAGGGACCGGUUCGUGUCCGGCGGCGACGACGGCGGGUUGAGCCUGUGGUCGACGCGGCGCAAGAAGCCCGUCGUGACGAUCAAACGGGCCCACGGUUGUGGCGCGGCGGUCCAGAAGCUCGGCGAGGACGUCCCGGGGCCGAUCCCGCGCUGGGUGUCUUCUGUUGGCUCCGCGCGGCGCUCGGACUUGGUUGUGUCUGGAUCCUGCGACGGCGUCGUGCGGCUCUGGACCGUCGGCGCGCGCGACGACGCGGCGCAGAGUUUGGACGCGCGGGGCGCCAUUCCGCAGCUCGGCUUCGUCAACGAUUUGGCAUGUCCGGCGUCCGGCGCGUUCGUCGCCGCGGCCGUCGGCAAGGAGCCGCGGCUCGGGCGCUGGGAGAAGGUCUCCAAGGCGCCGAACGCCGUCGUGCUCCUGCCCCUCUCCGGGUCUUCUUAAUACUGUCGUGUACUUCAUUCUGUCGUGUACUUCAUUCUGUCGUGUACUUCAUUUACAAAU